AUGAUGGCAAAAUAUUCGGCGAGAAAAGUGAGUUCCAGCAUCCAAAACCACUCAAAAUCCUGGACUCCGGAAGGCUCGUCACGAAAGAGACCAGCAGAGCCUCCCGACAUACCCGAAAGCUUGACUAUAAAACGGGGAAGAGACCUUCGAGCUCCCAAGGCCAUCCAACAACGAAGCCUUGUAGAAAUAUCAGGGUUGAGCCAAGAAGUUUCAACGCCGGUAAUUGGACCAAUUAUCGAGCUUGAAGUACGUGGAGGAGGGAUAACUUCAUUGAAUGAUGUUGACAUACAGCUGGUAGAAAAUGUCAAUCGAGGUCAACGAACGAGGAAACGCUGGCAACCUGAUCUAGAAAACCCAUCAUCAUCAGCCAACUCUCAAGUAAUCGACACCACAACCGAGGAAUUAACAGCUCGAGACUGUGGAGAAAUGUUCGAGUGCAAAAGAAAAAUCAUUAAAUAUCCAGCAGUUAUGAAUCAAAACGUUAAAACUGAGAAGGAAAAGUCUGUACUCAACAGUGCAAAAUCAGUGGUGUGUGAAUUGAAACUCAGAAACAAAGACACAACUGAAAAUAGAGAAAUCAAUCUAGUAGAAGUGGGUUUCGCUAAUGAAAAUAUCCCAUUUCAAAAUGAACUUGGAGAGCCAUUUAAAUUUUAUCUCUUGAAAAGUGCAAUGCCUCAAAAUCCUUGGUCAUUUGAUCCAGGGGGAUCGUCACCAACAGCUGACCAGAGUGUCGUGGAAUUAACAGCGAAACCGCGUCUCCCACAUGGUUCCCCCUCCAAAGCGAACGAGAGUAUAGCAUCCUUAUGGAGUGAUGACGCCGAAUUAUGCAGAGGACUAGUGCAUCGAGGUAACCAGGAGAUAACGCCCGGAUACUCGAUCCAGGGGAAUCAUUGCCAUCAGCGGACUGAUAAGCAGCCAACAGCUGGUGACCGUUUCUUAGUGCCGGCGAAUAUCGUGAAGGGAAUACAAAAUGACAGGACCAAGGAAACCCUGACAUCCGGCCUGCGUCCAGCCAGAUACAUACCACCUGCGUUAACGGCACCUGCGCCUGAGCAUCUCGCUGUUAAUUUACUUCAGCUCGGAUGUCCCCUUGUUUCCAUGCCCAGACCCCGUGGAGGAGUUGGUUCGGAGCAUCAGCCACACAGUAGCGACAGCGAUGACUCCAUUACCUACAAUCAGGGCCGCUACCACCACUCCCGCGAGGGUCAUGGCCAUGGUGGUGGCCCUCCCACAGCGGAGGGAUACGGGCUACCGAAGGUUCAGGUAUCAUCUCCCACUGGAUCUGAGACUCCCAACAUUAAUGGGUCUACUGGAUCUAUAGGAGCUCGUUCUGCACCCAGUACCCCCCUCCAGGCUGUAGGAAGCACCCAGCAUUCAGCUCAAGACAAACAUUUUCAGCAGUCAUCUCCAAGUGGUUCCCAGCUGACAGUUGCAACGAGUCACACAGCGCCUCCGCGAAGUCCCAGCCACACAGCAUUACCGAAAUGCAACGACAGCCAAUUAUGCAAACCCCUGAGCAGGAGCACUCCGUCGAUGACUGGAGGCUCGCAAGCCCCAGCUGUAACCGCCAAAUCAUCCACGAGAUCACCCACAUCCACCAGCAGUGCAAGACAGAAAAAGUUUCACCGCCAUUUCACACAGUCCUCGAAAUUUCAUGACCAGGUAGCCCCGGAUGAGCGAGUCCUGAACUACUACAGCUGCGCCCUAGUAGGCGACAUCCUUCUCCAGGGACACCUGUACAUAACACCGAACUACUUCGCCUUCUACAGUAACGUCUUCGGUUACGUCACAAAGUUAUUAAUUCCAACAGUAUCAGUACGUAAGAUAAGUAAAGAGAAAACAGCGAGAAUCAUCCCCAAUGCAAUAGCAAUAGCAACUGAUGAGGAGAGACACGUGUUCUGUUCCUUGUUGUCGAGGGAUUCCACAUUCAAGCUGAUGAAGCAGGUGUGGGACGCUGCUGUCGAGGGGAAUCAGCCACCUGACGAGCCAUUACCAGUCGAGGCGAAAUUACUGACACCGGACACAUUGCUGGUCGAUGAUUCCGAGGUCAACCCUGAGGAGGACGACUCCAGCAUGUCGGAGAGUGGGACUGAUCUCAACUCCAGGCCAACAACUGUUUGCACUGAUGAUACUGAUGGAAUUACACCCACGGCCAUUCCUAGGCCAAUUUCGUCACCACCAAAAUUGGAUCUGAUAACUCAAGCAACAGUAUCACCAGUUAAAGUAGGAAUAUUGAGAUCUAUGCUGAGGUAUCAACUGAGACCCAGCACGAUGAUAGCGAUUUUGAUUGCACUACUGGCAGCACUCUAUAUCUCAGCUGCUCUCAUGAUGGUCAGAAUUGAUAAGCUUCACAAUGCUUAUCUGAAUCAUCCCCUGGCGUCUCCUGAAAAAUUUACGCAGGAUCGAUUGCUGCAGUAUCUCAACACAAAUCUUGCUCAGAUUGUCAAGGUUCGACAAAGUUUGCAAACAUUGUCCCAACAAUUCGUGACAAUGAGCCAGGACAGUGAUCACCAUCAGAGAGCAGGUGGCAGAGAAGAGCCCGAGGAUGCCCCAAGUUAGCCCUCAAAGUGGUCCUCAGAUAUCGUAAAAAUUCAAAAUGUUAAUCCUAAGAGUUCCCUUCACCUCGCUAGCGUAUGAAACGCCUCAUUUAUUAUUCUAUCACAAUGAAAUAAUAAUAACCAUAAUUACGUACGUGAUAAUACCCGCGUUCUUACCAAGGGGAAUUCCCCACAGAGUGAUUGGAGAAACUGAAAUAACGAUAAAGCUCAUGCCCAAUUCAAGUUACGUAAACAAAUGGUGGGCUUUGGGGAAUCAGUCGCUCUGUGGUACCUCCUAGGAGUCGUUAGGACCUAGGGUUCCUGAUGGGAACGACGUAGGCUAAUGAGAAAAAAAGAGUAUAAGACAAUUUUAAAAAAAACAUGAAGGUAAACCUAGGUAAUUAGGUUGCUUCGCAGAACCAAGACAUAAUUCAACUUUAAAGGCAUAAGAAUUAAUUGUUUAUUGAGAGUAAGUGGGGGAAAUUAUUCGGGGGAGAGUAUUUUUGUCGACUGCAAUGUCCAUUUCUUAGGUUUUUACAACUAGUCAGAGUGCACCUAGCAAUUAACGUUCUGUUUAUUUUUCUUUUUAUGGAGGAGAAAGAAUAAAAAGUAAUUUAAGAUUUUUUUUUUCAUAUGCAGGUAGAAAAAUUGACAGCUAGUCGAGAUUAAAAGCAGAUAUCCAUAAAUUAACUGGUGAAUAAUUUUUUUUCUUCAUUAUUUGAAUUAUUUACAUUCAUUUGUUAUUAAUAAUCGAAUUAGUGCUUUGAAAUUGAUUAUUUCAUUUUUUUUUAUGAACAAAUGCAUAAAUUAACAAGUAGUCUGAGUAAAAAUUUCUUACCGACAAUUUACUACAUUUUAAUGACUUUUCGAGGUAAAUUUAUCACUUGGAUUAAUCGUUUUUUGUUAUUUUUUUGUUAUUGAAAAUUGAAAAAAUUGAUCGAAAUCCGAAGCUAAAAAUUAAUCAAACUGUCUAGGAUAAGAUAAUCUCCCUAAAAGAAUCAUCUCUGACAUUUGUACUACAGAAAAACUAUGAAAUUAUUGUUUUUUCUUUUUUUUCUCUUCUUUUUUUUUUAAUACGCAUGACCAAAUUAUUGUUUUUGAAUUCAAUGAACAUUUCAAACGAAAAUAGGAAAAAACGAUUCCCCCGCUUACCUGAUCGUUCCUACUAGUCCAGAAAAGAACAAAAAUUACGAAAAAGUUGUAAAUCCAUAGAGGAAUCAAUUCUACAAUACUUCUCCCAGAAUCAAUCAGUACUUUUGAUUGACAUUGACACAUUAUUUGGUGGGUGAGGGGAGGGUGAGGGAGGGGAAGGGGCUGGUAAGAAAUAAAUCUAAAAAAAAGAAUACGUGAAGGCGAUUGACUGUGAUAAUAUAUGAUUGAGAAUUUAAAGGAUAAAAAUUAAUUUGUGACAUAAAUUGUGAGUGUCUGGUCCUCUUGCGCGUCCACGGUUCUACGAAAGUGAAUUAAAAUUAUUAUAAUGACGUUGAUUAAUGUCUGAAGUAACGUUUCCACAGGAUGAAAAAAUUUAUUGAAAUAAAAAAUGGAUAAAUAAAUAGAAUGAGGGAAAAUACGAUUAAGAAAAUUGAGGAAAGUUGGGAUAUGAAGCUAAUUAUGCAUAAUUAUUGUCGAGAAAAUUUAAUGAAUUAGAAAUGAUGACUAUCUUGGGAAUACAAUGACAGAACUGAUGAUAAUCGUGGACAAGCUCUGGGGUAGAGACUGACAAAUGUAAAAGGUUUAAGUAAUGUUGUAUUGAUUGAUAUGACGAAUCAAUAUGAUUAAAUACGUUUUGACGAGCGGUGUAAUGUAACCAUUAUCUUACGUGUCGUUUCUUUUUUUUUUUUCAUUUAUCAUUAGGAUUUGUGUUAAACACAUUAUCUAUAUAGGGGAGAGGUAGAAUGAGAUGAAUCAGAGCGCAGAUAUCUUUGAAGCUAAUAAAUUUGAAGAGAAAUGUCUGAUUACAAUGUAGUACUCUCUAAAUUUAUUAGUUUGCAGAAAAUUUUCGAAAUUACGUGAACGUUUGUUUCACAAUCGUCUCUUUCCACCACUCAAUUGAUUAUUUUAUUUCCAUCAGUGUAAUUAUUCGUGAUUCACUGCUCUAAUUGUCUGACUUUGAACACAAUUCAAUAUUUUUUUCAUGCAAUCACUUGAGCGAAUGUUAUGUUAUAUGUAUUGUUUAAUCAAUUGGUACUUUUGGAGUGACAUCAGCACUAUGUAAAUUUUUGUUUCGGCGAUUACUGCGAUAACGAGGAGAUAAUGAGAGGGAUGAUGAAUAUUUUAUUGCUAUUGUGAGCAAUGUCUGUUUGUUUGAAUAACAAAGAUGACAGUUUUCUAAUUUUGGGAGUUUGGGACGUUUCUGAAAUCAAAAAGAGAUUAUAGUUUCAAUUUUCUGGGAAAUUUGGAAGGUUUCGUGAUUAUUUAUGGAGUUUACAUUCAAUUAAUCCUGUAAAAAUACAAGGAAUCUUCUUAAAAACAAUAGACACCCGUCAUUAUCAAGUGACCAUAAAUCCAUCUCUUUAAGGUGCUUAUUAAUCCAAUUAAUGGAUAGUUAAUUCUUAAAAAUUAGUUUGAAGAGACGUAGAAGCUGUGACGUGAUUGAAAAUUGACCCAAAAACACGGAGAAUUCACUAUAAAUCUAAAACUUGAAUUUUUGUUCUCACUUCAAUCUUUUUACACUGUUUUCUCGAUUGAAAAUGUCAUUAUAUUUUAUUCUAUUUGUUUUUCGAAAAUAGUAGGUUUAAAGAAAAAUAUCCAAAUGUAUUUUUCGUUUGAAAUUCGAUUUUCCACGAAAAAGGUUUUAGAGUAUUUUUCGAUAAAUUCUUUCCGUUGGAAGAAAUUUACGAGAGAAUUCCUCAUUUCGUUUCUCUCUCAUCAAAUUUCCCUAGUUUAUGAAUAAAUUAAUUUCCUCAGUUGUAAUAAUUCAAGAAAUUUUAUUAUUUAUCAGUGAAAAACAUUUUUAUACUUGAUUCGAGAAACAAUUGAUUCGCCCAGAAUAAUUAUUAAUCUGAAUCGAGUGAACUUGAUUUAAACCAAAUGAAUGAAUUUAUUCAAAUACCUCGUAAUAAAGUUUUUAUUAAAAUUUAAACUUGAUUUUUAUCUGCGGUUUUAUUUACGUUGAACGAAUAGUUUUUCAGAUAUAAACAACAACUUCCUUGACCCAAACAAAGACUUCAUUAAUUAGAAAUUGAAUUAUUGAUGAGACAGCGAAGAAAACGAAUAUAUUAACAUGUAAUGUAAACUUCUCAUGGAAAUAAAUUCUUGAGUUCAUUAAUUUGCAAUGAAAAUAUUGUUGAGAUGAAUAGAAAGAUUACAAAUAAUGUGUUUUACUCGAUUGAAAUUCAUCAUUUUUCUGGGUGUAUUCUCCGCACCAAGAAAUCUGAACCAAACCCGAAUUCAAAUUUGAGAAAAUGAUAGAAAAAUGCAACGUCACAGUUCUACGAUUCGAAAAUAUUUCAGAGUGAAAAAUAAAAAAUUUAAUUAAAUAAUAAUUUGAUGAAUUUAACUAUAGCCCGUUAUCGCAAAUCGUUUAGAGACCAACAAAUUAUUCCAAUUGAUCUUUGUUAUAUAUGUUAAUUUAAUAUUUACAAACUACUUGCCUUAAAUGUAAUGUCUUUUAGACAGAGAGAUUUAAGAAAUGGGUGCUCAAUACACAGUCCAUUUCUCCCUAGACUAUACCCAAUUCUGUUUUUUAUUAUUUAGUUAUUAUUACCUAUUUUUGAUCAUGUGUCAGGAGUUCCAAUUAUUGUCAAUUUAUUCUCUGCACAAUGAAAUAAAUUAUUCAGUUUUUGAACUGAAAAUUGAAUUAUCGUCGAGGAAAUCCUAGUCAAUUCACAACUACUCAAUUACGAGAAAAAAAAAAUUAGGAAACUAGAAAAUAAGAAAUAAUAAAGUCGAAUAAAAUCAGAAGAAGCAUAAUUAUGCAAAUAAUGCCAAUUAAUUGCUCAUUUGUGAGCAAAAAAUCGGAGACAAUAAUUGGAACUCAGAUUGAACUAAAAAUAAUGAAUAAUGAUGAAAUUGUUCGAACGGAUCAUUCUGUAGUGAUACGGAUGAUCUGAUGGGAAAGGUCAAAUCACAAGGGAAUUACAGACAGACCAAUAAUUUACUACGUAAUGUGUGUAGGCGAUACACAGUGCGACACAAUAAAAUCGUGAAUGCAGUAAAUGA